AUGAAUGUUACAAAGGACGAAUCGGGACCAUCUGAUAACAAGAGGCAGCGGUUUAUGGAUAGUUACGUCGUAAAGACAUCGAAAUCGACCGCGACUGCCAACACAGACACGUCUGUCGCGGAAAAGGAAAUGUUGGCGGACCACAUGAGGUCGGCACAUGUCAAGUCGAGUCUAGGAAGAAAGACGGAAAAGGAGUUCAGGCACUACAUGACGUCUAAAUACACAGCGUUGUGUUUGGAAUCGCUGCCUCACCGCUGGUUCAGAGUGAUUUUCGACCAGAACUCCGGUAUGGACGGGGGCGAGGAGCGUGCCAACAGCGACUCUACGGCCAGCACUCUAAACGCGGCUCUGAGCGCGGAAAAGCGCCUGAUAUGCCCUCAACCAAUGGAGAACAUGUGGAAAUGGGCUAGAGCCAUACCGGACCCCGACGGGGUGCGAGUCGUGGUGGUCGGACAGGACCCGUAUCACACGGUUUUUAGGAAACACGACGGCACGACGGUGACUAUGGCCGACGGGUUGGCGUUCAGCGUCAAUCCCGAAUACGCUCGCCUGGGAAAACCCCUACCGCCGUCACUGGUGAACAUCAUGAAAUUGGCCGACAGCGCAUUCAAGUCACGGCGAUUCGACGAGAACGGAUUUCAAGGUGAUCUGACCGCAUGGACGGAGAAUGGAGUGCUGCCGUUAAACACGACUCUCACUACCGUCGAAGGGAUUCCAAACGCCCACUCUAAUAUCGGCUGGGACAGAGUGACCGAUCGUAUUUUACAGUGGUUGGGGCGCAAAUCGACGGACGACAACGAACUAAAACGUUCGGCACGGAUCUUCAUGUUGUGGGGCAAGAACGCCAGAGACGCGAUGGACUUCAUCGAUCGUUCCACACACGUCUGUCUGACCAACUGCCACCCUUCACCAAUGUCGGCGAACACUUACGGGUGGUUUGAAAACGACAACUUCAAAGACGCCAAUUUGUUUUUGCGAACACUGGGCCACCCCCCGGUGCCCUGGUCAUGUCGCCACCGGCCGCACGGAGAAUACAAAAAGUUAGCAAACGAAUGA